CCUGAACGCAGCAGCAGGACCAGACUGCCUUACAUUGUUAACGUUGAUUUCUCCCGUUCAAGCCAGCAUUUUGUCUUCCGUGAGUCAAACCGGGGUCACAGGCUCCCACAAAACGCAUGAAAUCUCGGCUACAGUUGGCAGCGGGACCCGCACCGGCAGACUCUCUAACAUGAGCUGGAGGAUUGUUGGCUGUAACCCUGCCCAGACCGGAGGCUGCUGGUAGGGAUGGUGCCGCUGUGAAGAGCCCCGGUGUGCCGUUUUCGGAGGACAUGCCUGUGGUCGGGGGAAAAGGGAGGAAGUGCCUGGACAACAUGACUGUUUUCAACCAGGAAAAUGUUGAGGAAUUUUAUGAGAUUGGAGACGAGCUAGGGAGCGGUCAGUUUGCUGUGGUCAGAAGAUGUCGGCACAGGAGUCUAGGUGUGGAGUUUGCCGCCAAAUUCAUCAAGAAGCGGCGCAGCAAGUCGAGUCGACGAGGGGUCACGAGGGAGGACAUAGAGCGUGAGGUGAACAUCCUGAAGGAGAUCCAGCACCCAAACAUCAUCAUGCUCCACGAGGUCUUUGAAAACAAGGCAGAGGUCAUCCUGAUCCUGGAGCUCGUGGCCGGUGGCGAGCUCUUUGACUUCCUGGCGGAGAAGGAGUCGCUGAGCGAGGAGGAAGCCACUCAGUUCCUCAAGCAGAUCCUGGAUGGAGUCUUCUACCUGCACUCGAAACAAAUUGCUCACUUUGACCUUAAGCCGGAGAACAUCAUGCUGCUGAGCCGCUCAGUGCCUCACCCGCGCAUCAAGAUCAUUGACUUUGGGCUGGCCCACAAGAUAGAUUUUGGCAAUGAUUUUAAGAACAUUUUUGGAACUCCAGAGUUUGUCGCUCCAGAAGUAGUCAACUAUGAACCUCUGGGCCUGGAGGCAGACAUGUGGAGUGUUGGUGUGAUAACCUACAUCCUUCUGAGUGGUGCGUCCCCCUUCCUGGGUGACAACAAGCAGGAGACUCUGGCCAACGUGUCGGCCGUGGAUUACACGUUUGACGAGGAGUUCUUCAGCAACACCAGCGUCCUGGCCAAAGACUUCAUAGCAAGGCUGCUUGUCAAAGACCCCAAAAAAAGAAUGACUAUUCAGGACAGCCUCCAGCACCCUUGGAUCAAGCCAAAAGACACUCUACAAGCACUGAGCAGAAAGGAGUCGGCUGUCAACAUGGAAAAGUUCAAGAAGUUUGCAGCUCGAAGAAAAUGGAAACAAUCCGUCCGACUUAUCUCCUUAUGCAACCGCCUGUCCCGCUCAUUCCUGUCCAGAAGCAACAUAAGUGUGGCACGCAGUGAUGACACGUUGGAUGAGGAAGACUCUUUCGUGAUGAAGGCUAUCAUCCAUGCCAUAAACGACGACAACGUGCCCGGUCUGCAGCAUCUGCUCGGCUCCUUGAACAGUUACGACGUCAACCAGCCCAACAAGCACGGGACUCCUCCCCUCCUGAUUGCAGCCGGCUGUGGCAACAUCCAGAUUAUCGAGGUGCUGAUGAGAAAAGGUGCAGAGAUCCAGGCCCAUGACAAGAGUGGAGCCAACGCUAUCUACUACGCAGCGAGACACGGCCACGUGGAGACCCUGAAAUUCCUCCAUGAAAAGAAAUGCCCUCUGAAUGUCCAAGAUAAGUCUGGGGAGACUGCUCUUCAUGUGGCGGCUCGGUAUGGCAACGUGGAUGUGGUGAGCUACCUGUGCAGCAUCAAGGCCAACCCAGAUUUGGCUGACAGGGAGCAGGAGACCCCGCUGCAUUGCGCCGCGUGGCACGGAUACUCUGCAGUAGCCAGAGCACUCUGCCAGGCAGGCUGCCAUGUGGAUGCAAAGAAUCGUGAGGGGGAGAGUCCGCUGCUGACAGCAUCUGCUCGGGGGUUUGUGGACAUUGUGGAGUGCCUGGUGGAGCACAAAGCAGAUCUAGAAACAACUGACAAGGACGGUCACACAGCCCUCCACCUGGCCGUACGGAGGUGUCAGAUUGAAGUGGUCCGCUGUCUCCUCAGACACCACUGCCACCUGGACCAGCAGGAUCGCCAUGGCAACACGCCGCUGCACAUCGCCUGUAAGGACGGAAACCUGCCAGUUGUCACAGCGAUCUGCAGCGCCAAGGCCAGCCUCGACCUCCCCAAUAAGUAUGGCAGAACUCCACUCCACCUGGCUGCUAACAACGGGAGCCUCGAGGUUGUCCGCCACCUCUGCCUGGCUGGAGCCAACAUUGACGUUGUCACCAAUGAUGGGAAGACUGCAGAGGAUCUGGCUUACGCUGACCAACACAAGCUCAUCGUUUCUUUGUUGGGCAAGCUUAAAAAGGACAACCACAAACUGAGCUACAUCCAGCAGCUGCGGCCCACUCAGACCGUCCAGCCAAGGAUCAAGCUGAAGCUGUUUGGACACUCCGGAGCCGGGAAGAGCAGCCUGCUGGAGUCUCUGAAAUGUGGCAUCCUGCGUAGCUUCUUCAGGAGAAGGAGGACACGCAUGACCAACACGGCCCGCCACCCCAACUCCCCCAUCAACUCCAAACCUGCUGUGUCAGUGAGCAUUUCUAACUUGUACCCGGGCUGUGAGAAUGUGAGUGUGCGGAGUCGCAGCAUGAUGUUUGAGCCCAGCCUGACCAAAGGUGUCUUGGAGGUCUUCUCCCCCGUCCACAACGCUCUGUCCACGGCUGAUGAACAGGCCACAAAGGCCAUCGACAUCCAGCACGCCAACAUCCACGGUGUGGGGGAUUUCAGCGUGUGGGAGUUUUCUGGGAACCCGGUCUAUUACUGCUCCUACGACUACUUUGCAGCCAACGACGCCACAGCGAUCCACCUGGUCCUGUUCAGCCUGGAGGAGCCGUAUGAGACCCAACUUGGCCACAUCACCUACUGGCUGAACUUGCUGAAAGGCCUCACACUGCCACAGGACAACAUCGCUUUCGGGGGUCGGAUCCAGCAGCCUCUGAUGGUCGUCCUGGUGGCGACACACGCUGACCUUGCGGCCGUCCCCAGAGCUUUCUCUGGAGAGUUCACCUACGACAAGGAGAAAGUGCUGCUCAAGGAAGUCAGAAACAGGUUUGGGGUGGACCUGCAGAUCAGUGACAAGUUGUUUUUGAUGGACGCUGGAGCCUCAAACUCCAGAGACUUGAAGCUGCUGAGGAGUCACCUGCAAGAACUUCGCGCCAACAUCAUCUCUAGUUGCAGUCCCAUGACGCUGCUGUCUGAGCGUUUGCUGACCACUCUGCCGGCCUGGAGGAAGCUGAGUGGACCCAACCAACUGACAUCGUGGCAGCAGUUUGUCAGCGACGUCCAGGAGCACAUCAACCCUCUGGUCAGCCAGGACCAUCUCCGCACACUAGCCCUGCAGCUCCACAGCAUGGGGGAGAUCAACAUCAUGCAGAGCGAGACGGUGCAGGAUGUUGUUCUGCUGGAGCCUCGUUGGCUCUGCAGCAAUGUCCUCGGGAAGCUGCUCUCUGUGGAGACACCCAAGGCCAUCCACCAUUACAGGGGGCGCUACAGGCUGGAGGAGGUGCAGGCUCUGGCUCCGGAAAGUGACGUGGACGAGUUGCUGCAGAUCCUGGAUGCCAUGGACGUCUGCGCCCGUGACGCCACCAACCCCUCCAUGGUGGAUGUCCCCGCUCUCAUCAAGACAAACGGCCUCCACCGCUCCUGGACCGAAGAGGAGGAGGAGGAGUCUCUGAUCUACGGUGGGGUACGACUUGUCCCUGCAGAGCACCUUACCCCCUUCCCCUGCGGCCUCUUUCACAAACUGCAGGUGAAUCUGUGUCGCUGGAGUCACCAGCAGAAGCCCGAGGAGGAGGGUGGGGAGGAUUUCGAUGGAGAUAUCCACCUGUGGACCAACGGAGCCAAGGUGAGCCAGGCAGGCGUGGAGGCCAUGAUCCUGCUGGUCAACCACGGCCAGGGGGUGGAAAUUCAGGUGCGCGGGCACGAAUCAGAGCGGGCCAAGUGUUACACCCUGUUGGACACCGUCUGUAGUAUAACGGAGAACCUGCUGGCCUCCACACUUCCCGGACUGCUCACAGCCAAAUAUUACCUGAGUCCUCAGCAGCUCCGGGAACACCACGCCCCCAUCAUGAUCUACCAACCCAAAGAUUUCUUCAGGGCCCAAGUCCAGCGGGAAACCUCGCUCACUAAUACCAUGGGCGGCUACCGAGAGAGCUUCAGCAGUAUUCUGUCUUUUGGCUGCGCUGAAGUGUACCAGCACGGGACUCUGGGAACGGACAUCCACAUAUCAGACGUCCCCCUGUUGGCACGCAGGAAGCUCUGCCGCAUGCUGGACCCUCCUGACGCUCUGGGGAAAGACUGGUGCCUGCUGGCCAUGAACCUCGGACUCACAGAGUUGGUGGCCAGACACAGCAACGGGACUCCAAAUGGCACCCCUGAGUUGGACUCGGAUCCGGACUCCCAGCAGAACACGCUGCAGCCCAGCCCGACAGCGGCGCUCCUGCAGGAGUGGAGCGGGCGAGCAGACAGCACAGUGGGUGUGCUGAUGGCCAAACUGAGGGAGCUCGGCCGGCGAGAUGCCGCCGACUUCCUGCUCAAAGCUUCUCCUGUUUUCAGGGUCAACAUGGAGGCAUUAGCAGGGGCAGCCAACGGCUACCCCCCCACCUGUAACGGCGGCACAUCGUACAACUCCAUCAGCUCCGUAAUAUCCCGCUGAACUGAACAGGGCCGGCUUUCUGUCCUCACCAAACGUCAGAUAGUCUGAUGUGACAUUUCCCCCGAAACAGGACAGUCACAGACUUGUGUGUGAAUGAACAUGAAGUGCAAUCGUUACCAGAGAGUCCAGCUGCUCGUUCCUUGAUCUCUCCAUUAAGUUGGCGAAUGAACCAGAUGUUGUGUUUGUGCUCUCCACACCUGUACAGCUGACCUUUCCUUCCACUAUGAAUGUUGUGAAAGAGGUGAUUGUCCUGAGCUCCAAAGAGGAAUCCUUUAUUCUGUUCUUAAUCUUGUUGUGCUGCUUCUACUCUACUGCAAGUCUCACUCAUCUUACAGCUAAAAGACAGAAAAGAUACAUUUUUAAACAACUUGACAACAUGAAAAGAUUGGACGUGGUUAAAAAGAUGGCGGCCUCAUGUUUGGACCUUUUACAUAUCCAUCCUCAAGUGAAAAACUGAGGACUUAAUUGUAUCAGUAUACAUGUUAGAGGCUGCCAUCUUCACUCACUCCAUCCAUCACAGUUUCAUAUGACAUUAUCUUCCCUCCUUGCUUCUGUUUUACUGAUGUGACGUUUGGCCAUUCAGCUUAGUGUUUAAUAAAUUAACAGCAUUUUUCAGAGUGCCUUUGUGGCCUUCUACCUCCCUAAAGAGCACAAAUAGUCUUAUUAUAAAAACAGUAGUUCUUUCCAAACAUUUGAAGAACUGUGCCUUGUUGAUACUAAUAGUAAAAUAAAUUUCAAUCUAUUGAGCAAGUUACAUUUUAGACAAAGAAAAAGUUAAUGAAGAAAGAACACGGAAAAAAAAAAUGAAAGCUUGGCUCAUGUUACAAAGUUUUGAAAGUUACAUUUUACUAACACAAAGCUGAAAUCAGUGAUCAGAUUUCUGCUGUGUUCUGUUAAGUGUCUGAGAGUCAGUGCUAGAGAUAAAACAUGUUCAAUCUUCUUUCGUAUUCGAGUCAGAGUGGAGUCGAUGUGUUGCUCUGUGGGAGUCAAACGGAAACGUCAUUCAUGUUUAAUUGGUGUAUUUGUGGGCUUAUACACAUUAUUUCUUCAUUAAUCCAACAACAGAAAUCUCAUGAUCUUUGAUUCAUUUACAGUGACACUUUAUUUUACGGGUCCGGUAAUUUUCUAGUGACAGUAGAGACAAUGUCACAGCAUUAGCAGCUGCAGCAGAACCCACUGAGAAUUAUUACCCGGCUCUGCAGACAUUUUGGAUCAUUGAUUGAACUCUUUUCUAAUCGACCCCUCUGCCACCAUCAGGGGGCAGCUGUUGUUAGUGGAUAAACACAUGGUAUACUAGCAGCCGGGCACCAAACAGCUGGACCGAGAAUGAUCAUGUUUGUUGGUGAAAAUGGUGGAGCAAAACAGACUUACAUUAAGAAACACGUCUCCCGAUAAAUGCUAAUGUUGCUUUGUGUCUGCUGUUUGUGAACAAGUUCAUUAUAUCAACCUUUAUAAUGUGAUAAUAUUGUUUUCAGCUUGUUCUGCUGCCCCCAAAACAAUCUAAUAAUGCAGCUUUAAUUGUAAGUAUACCAAUUUGAAGCCCAAGUACAUGUUACAUAUAUGUUACAUUUUAUAGUCGUUAUAUAGUAUGUUUAGCAGUUAGUAUACAAGAAAUCAAUGUAAUUUACCAUUUGAUACCACCAGUUAAACUAAAAGUCUCAGUUUUAUAAUUAUUACUAAAUCACAAGACUUCCCUUUCCAGGAACUUCUCAAAGACUUUACAGUUACAUAUCAGAUUCUUUCUUGGAAAUUUUAGCCAACUAUGGGACCUCUAAAAUAAAGUCAGACUUUUAAGUGAUAAUAUUUAUAGUAAAUUUACUCAAUUUUGAUUCACACAAAAGGACCUUUAGCCAUUUGAACAAAGUUUUUUCCACAAAGUACAGUGUCUUAUUGAAGGAUGUGGAUUCUUUCAGCAGAACGUAUUUGCUGUAGAGGGUCACAGAGAUAAAAUCAUCAUGGGAGACAGGAUGGAGCUCAUACUGCUGAGCUUCAGGGUCCAACGGAGACCCCCAAACUGUGCACUCAUGCUAAUUACUUUGAAUAGAAAGUGCCACCAAAAAUGAUUAAAAAAAACAACAUAAAGAACAUUUUUAACAUUUUCUACUAAACUAAAAGGUUAGUUUUAUCCAGAGCCAUCUGACGCUGCACCUUUUUUAAUGUUUCCUCAACAGGGGGAUCAGUGAAAAAAUAAGACGUCAAAAAAUCAAGUUACCGUCCACAGUGUCAGAUUUUUACACCGUGGCAUCGACGCCGCUUCUGUCGAGCUAAAUUUGAGCUUCUGUCAGUGUUGGUCGGCCAUGAGUGGCUUCACAUCUUCUUUCAGUUUGUCUUUUUAUAUCACGAAGCUGCAGCCCGGCUCGGUCAGCAAAAGCAGGGAAAAAGAUGGCGUGAAGUUAGUAUUGUUAGCUGAAUAAAAGGCCAAAGGCUGCUGAUGACAGAAAUGUUCCUAGAAAAGCAUUUUCACUUUGUGUAAGCUGGUACUUUAUAAUGUGUGUGAACCUGAAUGAAUGCUCUUUUUAUCAGUGCAUGUGUUGAUGUUGGGAAAGAGUCUUUCAUUCCUAAAAGGUUGGACUUUGUGGAUGUAAAGGGCCCUUUUCAGGAUGCAGUUUGAUAGAAAACGAUGAGCUCUGUGCCAGAGUGCAGUAUUUCCUGUCUGCUUUACUUCCCCAGUGUUACCAUCUGUUCACAGAGAUACAACUUUGAAGACUAUUUCACAUUCUAUACUUCUCUCACUUUUUUCGUCUCAGCCUGAACUUGCCAAUCGACACAGCAGACUUCUAGCUGUGGUGUAAAUACUCGAGGCCCAUUUCCUCAACUUCAUGCUCACUUUUCUGUUCUGCUCAAUUUAAGCUUUUUUUGCCCAAAUAUGUUGAUUCCAACAAGGCAGAAUGAAUGUACUACACAUAUUUCCUAAGAAUAUGGUUAUAGGUAAAAAAACAAAAAAACAAAGAUAUGGUGAUAAAACAUGAUGAAAUGAAAUGUCCCAAACUGGUCAGAUACAUCAUUUUAUUUUCCUUGUUUUAUUGAAGCUUUUGUUGAAGUUGUGUAUAAUCAUUGCCAAUGUCGUGUGCCCAAAACACACUCGUUCAUUCCUAUAUUAUCGCCUUGUACAGUACACAGGUUCACAAGUGAUGUUUCAGAAAGGGAAGUGAAUAUUAUGUUUCUCUUGUUUCAGAAAAAGAGGCAGAUUUCUGUAAAAGUUGGGAAUCACUUAUAUUAUUAUCAAAUUUGUCACUGUUUGGUGUCUUUUUUUCCGGACGUUCCGACUGCGAGUCUGACCGAAACAAGUGGAUUUAAAGGUGUUCUCAAAAAUAUUUUCUGUUUGUUUUUGUUCGGUGAGGAAAGAUGUACUCAAUAUUACUGUUGAGUGAAUUUUUCCCCUCUUAGACUCUGGUCUAAUCGCCACAUUGCACAGUCUUUUUUGUUGCUAUUUAUGUUACAUUAUUUUAGCAUGUCUUGGAAUGCCAUGUUCUUAGUACUUCUGACACUUUAUAGUGUAACACAUUUUAUAAUAAAUUCUUUACCUAA